AUGCGGCUGUGGGACAACCGGACCCGGGUGGCACCCAAUGGCGGGGCCACCAGCGAUGUGGUGCAAGGCGAAGCCACGUCAGGGCAGGUGCCCCAGCGCACCCUGCAACGGCCGCUCGAGGAUCUUGUGGAUGACCCUCUCAACAAACUGCACGUCUCCCAGACCCCUGUGCACAUUGCGCUCGCCUACAACUACGUUCUCGAUGCCAUGGAUGGGCGGUUGGCCAACGGGCGCGGCAACCUCUACUUUGCGAACCAAGCCAAGCAGCUGUGCUUUUUGCUACACAGCCAUGAGAUGUGGACGCACAUGAUUUAUUUGGUGGCUUUUGUCCAUGCUUUCCUCGCGUUCUGGGAACCCCCCACCUGGGGUCAUGCAUCUGCCGUCUGCUAUGCGCUCGAGUUUCUCUGUCUGGCGGUUUACAGUAUCGAUAUUUAUCUCAAGAUGGUGUAUAUGGGAGCGCGCGUCUACGUCUCCAAAAAAUGGCAUCGGUCUGUUUGCUACCCUCCCCCUCAAACCACUGUCGAAAACGGCACAGUGACAUGCUUUUAUGAAAGCGUUUACACCUCUCCUCCCUCUACGGCACCCCUCUCUCUAUCCUACUGGUUAAUUGCCUGCCCCAUGUAA